AUGUGGCCAAUAACGACCUUAUCAAAACUGCAACAGCACUUCCGAUUUUUUAGCAAAUAUGCGGUAACUUGUCCUGGUCAAGGAUUAUACAGAAACGGGGUUUUGGAAUUAGUCAAAAUUCAGAAACCGUUAUUUCAACAUUACCUAGAUGAGUUAGAUGCAGCGUUGAAUUGCAAAUUUUCAGACAAGUUGUUCGCUAAUAGUUCUGAAACAGAAGCUAAGCAGUGGUUGAGCAAGACUGCAAACGCUCAACCGGCGAUAUUAGCAUCAACCUGUAUACUUUCAAACUUGGUCGAAACUGAACAUCAAAUAUCUAUUAUUGACAAUGCUUCUUAUUUAUUAGGUCACUCGUUAGGCGAAUAUACUGCUCUUGUGCUAAGUGGAAUUAUUGAUUUUACUAUUGGUAUAAAGGUUGUUAGACGAAGGGGGCAAUUGAUGGAAGAUUUAUGUCUGGGCCAAAACUACGGUAUGAUUGCAUUGUUAAUAAAACCCAAGUUUGCCAAAGAAGUUAUUGAACUAGCUCAAGAACACAACGUGUUAGGAAAUAUUAAUUCAAAUUAUCAAGUAGUGAUAUCAGGUGAGAUUACCAAGCUAAAAGAGUUUAUUGACAUACUAAGAAAGAUCCAAAAGAUGGCUUUAAUAAAAGCAGUGCAAUUACCUGUAUCAAUACCAUUCCAUAGUGAGAUUUUGAAACCCGUUGUCCCUGAGUUGAAACUGCUAUUGGACGGUGCACUCAAUGAUCAAAAAAUUCCAAUAAUAUCUAACUUGAAUGGCCAGGUGUCGUAUGAAAAGGAGUCUACUAUCCGUAAUAUAUUGGAGGCCAACUACCAACCAGUUCAGUGGCAGAAAUCAAUAGCGUAUUUAGAAAAUUCACCCGUGAGUACAAUUUUCAAUCUUGGACCUGGUGAAGCCUUACAUGGGAUUAAUAAAAAGUAUAACGUCAAGUCUGUUAGUCUAGACGAUGUGAAAUCGCUUGAUAAAAAUUCAGAGUUUAUGGAACUAAAACAGCAGCUAAAGCAAAAUUGA